UCACCAGCAGGCUGUCAGCAGCCCUCUGGAGCAGGGGAAGCAGGGCGGCAGCAGCAGCUCUGUCCCCUGUCAGAACUGUGGCAAGGCCUGCAAGGGAGAGGUGCUGCGCGUGCAGAAUAAACACUUCCACAUCAAGUGCUUCGUCUGCAAAGUGUGUGGCGUUGACCUGGCCCAGGGGGGGUUCUUUGUGCGUCAGGGGGAGUACAUCUGCACCCUGGACUACCAGCGGAUGUACGGCACGCGCUGCUUCAGCUGUGAGGAGUUCAUCGAGGGAGAGGUGGUGUCAGCGCUGGGAAAGACCUACCAUCCACGCUGCUUCGUCUGCGUCACCUGCAAACAGCCGUUCCCUGCCGGUGACCGUGUGACUUUUAACGGUAAAGAGUGUGUCUGCCAAAACUGUACACAGCCCCAGUCUGCCAACAGCCCUGCUCCCAUACAGGCUGUCCACAACUGUUGUGGCUGUGGGAAGGAGUUUAAGAAUGAGCAGUCUCUUGUAGCACUGGAUAAACACUGGCACCUGGGCUGCUUCAAGUGUAAGGUGUGCAACAAGGUGCUCAACGCCGAGUACAUCAGCAAGGAUGGGAUCCCCUACUGCGAGGUGGACUACCAUGCCAUGUACGGUAUCCAGUGUGACAGCUGCAAGAAGUACAUCACUGGGAAAGUACUGGAGGCUGGGGAGAAACACUACCACCCCUCAUGUGCCCGCUGUGCCAGGUGUGAGCAGAUGUUUGGAGAGGGAGAAGAGAUGUACCUGCAAGGUAACUCCAUCUGGCAUCCUCCUUGCAGACAGGCAGCCAGACAGGAGGAAAAGAGUAAGGUGAGCAGGACCUCCUCUGAGAGCAUCACCUCUGUCCCAGCCUCCAGUGCGUCUGGCUCUCCUAACAGGGUCAUAUAUGCCAAACUAGGAGAUGAGAUGCUGGACUACAAAGACCUUGCUGCUCUGCCAAAGAUCAAGGCCAUCUACAACAUCGACCGGCCAGACAUGCUCUCCUACAGUCCCUACGUCAGCUACCCCUCAGAGGAACGACACUACGGAGAGGGUGACGGAGAGAAGUCUCCUCGUCAGAGGAGGCCCUCCAGCCCCAGCUCCAACAGCUCCCUGGGGAAGUAUGGAGGGUAUACCCCUUCUCGCUCCCCCCAGAACUACAGCAGGCCGGAGGAUCUUUAUAUGGCCGUUAAAGCAAUGGGUAAUAGAUAUGGCCAGGCCCUUGACUCCAGCUCCCUCCCCCACCCCUCAGCCUACACGGGGGGGCCUAAGUACCUCUCCUCCUUGGCUAGGGACUCCUCCUCCCUCCCCAUGGACUACUCAAGGGGUCUACCCCCCAAGUUCCCUGGGGGGCUGCAGGUGCCUGGGGCGUUGACACAGCCUGGUAAAAUGUCUCCCGGUGGCAGAGUCUCUCCUGGAGGUAGAAACUCUCCUCUGCCCCUCAACCCCACCACCCUGGCCUUGCUCCAGCAGCACAACUAUGUGCCCUACUUCAGAGGCCUCAAACAGGACCCCCUACUACCACCUGAAUCUCAACCUAAGACGUCCCUGCAUCUCAAUUUACCUCCUCACGGUCACGUCUUUGCCCCCCUCUUUUGUCUACGACUCUUGCUCUCCCCCGUCCCUCCCCAUCCUUUCCCCAUUGGAGGUAGUGAAAGUGGUCGGAGUACCCCCAGUUUCUCCACGUAUUCCGAUGGCAAAUCUCCCUCCUUCACCUAUGUGGCUACUCCCAGGCAUUUCCACGUACCAGCCUCUAGAACUUCCUGGCAAGAAGGAGACGACAUCAAGACAAGGACCAGUUGGAUGAUCUUGAAGAGUGAGAUAGACGGCGAGCCCCUCCCAGAGUACCUGCUGGACCCCAGGAAGUCUACCUGCAGCCUGCCCACUGACACCUCCCGGACCAACUUCCCAUACAAUAAGUGUGCUUCCCUGCCAGGAUAUGGAAGGAAUGGCAUAUACAAGGAGGUUGCCGACCAUGUUGAGGUUGACCCAGACCAGCAGGACUCCCACAGCUGGGGAGGAAUGAGAGAGUACAAGGUGUACCCCUAUGAGGUGCUGUCUGUGACCCACAGGGUGAGGGUGAAGCUACCCAGAGAUGUGGACCGUACCAGACUGGAGAGACACCUCUCCCCAGAGGACUUCCACCAUGUGUUUGGGAUGACCCUGAAUCAGUUUGACCGCAUGGCCCUGUGGAAGAAGAACGACAUGAAAAAGAAGGCACGCCUUUUCUAAAGCCGAGCAGGAGAACGGGAGAAAAAUAAUGAUAACAUCUCCGGUCUACAACGUCUGUCCUGUCUGGAAGAAAGGAAGACAGAAGAAGAAGAAAAACAUCUGAAAUAAUCUACAUAUGCACCGUUACAACUGAGAAACAUCUCAUCUCAGCCAGAAUGAGGAGUGGUGGGGGUACUCAAUGGAAAUGGUUUCACAAUGUCGCUGUAACCGACAUCCAACGUUGAGGCGAUGUUCGUCACCUAUAGCUUUUGUAUGCGAGUGGUCUGAAUGUUACUGUGAUCACCUUUAAGGGAGGUAAGGGAGAUGCAUUUACAUGGUCCGUGACACCACUCCUCCUCCAAGCCUCUUCUUCUCUAAUCCCUCUAUGUGAGUUCUACAUCCCGCUCUCCCUUAGCAGCUUUUCUAGAAUUCAUGUGCAGGCUUUUUUCUCUUUGUUUCUGUGUUUCUCACUGGUUUCAUGUGUGUUCCUUUUACUGUGUUUGUCUCCACUUGGAACGGUUUAGUUCUUCCCUCUUUUAUCGUUCCUUUCACUGUUUUUCUAAGGUCUCACUCUCUUGCUUCAUCUUUCCUUAUCUACCGUGUCUUGUUUAACGUCUCUCUCUCUUUCUGUCUCUCUUUCUCUCUCUCUCCUCUCUCUCUCUCUCUCCUCUCUCAUCCCACCUCUCCUUACCUCUCAUCUUACAAUUUUUCGCUCCAUCUCCUUUUCUUUCCUUCAUUUUCAUUCCUUAACCUCCCUUUCCCCACUGUAGCCUGUUCUAGCCUCUAACCCACCACAGAUUAUAGUCUCAUAUCUGAACAACAGAUGUAUCAUUUUACAGCAGUGGAGGGCAUGGCUACUCAUAACACUGCUGCAUGACAAGGCCAAAGACAGGGAUAGGAAACUACUACAGUUUGACGUCAGAAAACGUCAAAGCACCUUACUAUAUUUGUGUUUAAUUUCUCUUCAUAAAAAUGGAGAGAAAUCUUAAGUAAAGAUAAGAAAAUAUGUUUUAAGUUGGUCGUUUAUUUGAUAGCUGUGAUUUGUUACAACAAGCCACUCGUAAAUCAGUGAAGAUAGGAGAGUUGAGGUUGGAUCAGGGACAGCAGCAAGAAUCAUGGGUACCGGCUCUAGCAUUGGCACCACUGACACCCAUAGCAGAUGUGUAGAGCAUCAGGUUCUUUCAAGUCAUGUUGUCAAACACCACAUUGCCAGACACUUUUAUGUACAUGCCCUCCCAUCAAAAAAAAUACAUUAUUUUUGUAAGCUAUUUUUGACUUGUGGAAUCAUUGUCAGACGUUUUUUAUUAAUGCUUUCAGAUCAUUUUCAGAUGAGUUAAGACACUUAUUAUGCCACGCUUAUCUGUUCGUUGUUACCACACUAUCUAACACAGACCUGCAGCAGCACUGAAGCAUAACGAGUUAAGUAUUGCUUAAUUAAUUAAUAAUGAGCUCUAUCUAUACCUCCUUCUGUGAUAGACAAUUAACCCUUUCUGUGUUUGUUCUUUUUAACCCGUUUGGCAUCAACUGUCACACACAGUAUGUAGUGGAAAUACAUACAUUGGCUUGGCUUCGUCUCCGGAAGCUCAACCAAUCAUUCAACUGUAAGCAGUAUGUGACACAUACUGUAUAUAUUUGUCUCAGAGUUUGUUAUGCAAGCCAAGGUAUAUGUUGCCCUUAGCACAUGCAUAUGAGAGAUUGAGGUCAACUACAAUGGAAAUGCAUGAAAGUGUGUACUUGUUUUCUCAAUGUUGUUGCUAAUUUUGUUCUUUCAUUUUGGUUCAUUCUUUUCACACACAACACAACUUUUGUCCGAUGAAAAGCCCAAUUCAGCUGCUUUAAUGUUCAAAAUGUAUUUAUAGACAUUUCAAGGGAGGAUGUGGAUGGUAUCUUUAAAUCUAAUGGGGAGGUAUAGUGGCAAAAAUACAGUCAAUCUGAAUUCAUAUCAAAUGUAAUUUAGCUCCUUCUGUAAGUAAGACUAAAUAUAAGCUCAUGUCUUCUGUCUGAUUACUAAUGUCAAUCUGCAAUUAAAGUGCUUUAUCGAAACAAAAGAAACCACAGCAAAUUGAAGUGCUUGAGUGUGCCUCGUUGAAUGUGAACGGCGAUAAAGUUGCAAAAUGCAUUGUCUAAAAUCUAGUGUCUGCUUUCUCGAACUAUGAUUUAUAAAGUUGAGUUUGGAAGAGUGAUUUGUGUAUGAAUGCGUGUGUAGUUAAGUUGUACAGUUAGUUUAAAUAAAAGAAUAAAUAAAAAAAUAAAAAAUGUAUGCACGUAUGACCGUAAAUCGAUUGGAUAAAAGUGUCAGCUAGAUGGCAUAUUACAAUGAAUACAGUUCAAACCAGACUCUGAUUGGUUAAGUCAAAUGACCUUUGGGGCUUGUUGACCCUCUGGCAAAGUGGCUCACCGAUACAACAUUAUUGUAACAUUGAAAGAAUGUUGAUGUAACGUUAUCAAUGGUGAGGAGGGUUUUCCCACCAUGGAGGGCUGUAGGGAAAGACUGUGUUUGUUGUCUUAUUUGAACAGCUGUGGAAACCAUAGUGUUCCCCGGAAGGCAGAAACUAAGGACCACAUAUCCAGCCAGGUCUGAGCUCCGAACCCUUAGAUACAGAUCUAGGAUCGGAUUUAAUUCUCCAGAUCCUAACCUUAACCAUUAGGGGGAAAUGCAAAACUGCCCGUAGAUCAGUCAGUGUCUAGGGGCAAGUUCAUUCUGUCUUGCUCGUAGGUCAGGCCAGAUCAACAGAGCUCAGAUAGACCAGAUAGUUCAAGCUAGGCCAGAUUGCACAACCAGAGCCCCUUUCAUCAUCUAUUUAGACAAACAGGCCUUCCACACAGCGUAAACAGCAGCGAGUCUCCCUCACAUCUAGGUCAAUAUAGUGUUGGAUUCACAACUUUAUAGUACAGGACAUCAGAGCAAGCUGCCCAUAGAUGCAAUCUGAUUUAUUGUUGUUCUGCCUUUAAUAUAGAGACAUAAUAAGACUUAACAUCUUGUCAAUGAGUGACUACCCAUGUUUUUGCUUGUUUGAUUGUAAUAAAAGGUAUUUAUGAAUACCGUUCUGUAUACAGGUGUACCCAUUGCGCCACAACAGUCACAGAAAAGUGCCGUAGGCUACUUUUUGUUGUUGUAGAAUGUCCCUUUAUAAUAUUGCAUUGACCCAAAUGUUAUGGAAUGAUUAGUCUUUAUCAAAUAGGAUUUGAUUCUUUCUUUUAACUUAACGGCUCGGCUUAACGCAAAGUCCCCUCUCUCCAAGCGCACAAUUAGAAUGAGGCUGGCGUUGCUGUUUUGCAAUAUGAAGAAUAUGUUCAAAUGAAUUUGGUUCUGUCAUCUUUUGUUUUGCAUUCUCUGUGUAAACCUUUAAGAUCCUACUAAAUAAGUAUUCUAAUUCCUAAUUAUAUGGUGUGGACAUACAAAGAACUGUGUAACCAACGGAUACCCUAUGCUGUGAUUUUAUGUGUACUAAACAAAAAUAUAAACGCAACAUGCAACGAUUUCUAAGAUUUUACUGAGUUACAGUUCAUAUAAUGAAAUCAGUCAAUUGAAAUAAA